AAAACUAAGUUUCUUCUUCUUCUUCCUUGCGCCGGCGGGUUCACUAUCUCUCUUCUCUCUCUCAAAAACCCUACUCAAGCACAAGCUUCUUCAAUCUUCUCCGUAAUCAACAAUGUCAUUGGAAGAGGAUAUAGUAUCAGAUGAUGAGAUGAACAUGAUUGAUGAGGAUGAUGCUACUGACUCCGAAGCGGAGUCUCUUUCGGAUUCGGAUACAGAGAACGAGAUCACCGAGAAAUUGGCUGAGCCUACGAAGACUGCGAUAUACAACAGAGAUGGGUUGCUUGAUAAGCUUCAAGAUAUUAGCUGGCCUGAAGAUGUUGAUUGGACUCAUAAGCUUACUGUUGAGAUUGACCAGGGAGGAGCUGUGGAUGUAAACGAUGACCUUGCGAGAGAGACGGCGUUCUACACUCAAGCGCUUGAAGGGACAAGAGAAGCGUUUGGUAAACUCAAUGAAAUGGGUGUGAAUUUUCUCAGGCCUGCGAAUUACUAUGCGGAGAUGGUGAAAUCGGAUGUUCAUAUGGAGAAAGUGAAGUCUCGGCUUUUGCAUGAGAAGAAACAGAUUGAGGAGUCUGAAGAGAGGAGGAAGGCUAGGGAUAAUAAGAGAAUGGCUAAGGAAGUACAGUCUCAGAAGAUGAAGGAACGUGCGAAGGAGAAGAAGGAUAACAUUGAGUCUGUGAAGAAGUGGAGGAAACAGAGGCAGCAGAGUGGGUUUAGUGAUAAAGCUGGUGAGCCUGAACUUGAUUUCGAAAGUGGAAAGAGUUUCCAGAGAGGAGGAGGUAAGAAAAGACCAGGUGUGUCUCCCGGAGAUCGAUCAGGAGGUAAAGGAAGGCCUACUUCGAGGAUGGGCAACAAGAAGAGGGAGUUUCGGGAUUCCAAGUUUGGUCAUGGUGGUAGGAAGGGUUUGAGCAAGCAGAACACAGCAGAGACGACAAACGAUUUCAAAGGCGGUUUCCGUGGUGGAAAAGCUAGCGGAAACAAGAGGCAGAAGAGGUAAAAGGUUUGAUUAUCUAAACCCACUUCAAAACUACUAUAAACUAUUUGUCUUCUUUGUUUUUUUUAAGAACAUGUAUUUUGUUUUGGAAACCCUGUGGUAAGGGUCUUAGAACCAAUACAAUUUUGUACUAGUGAUUACUUGAAUUAACAAAGUCCCUUGUUUGAAGUCUCAUAGUUAACACUUGAA